CCUGGUUGUUUUCGCGCCAAACGGAAACAGCUCCUUGGUAACGAUACAGAUCGAGUGUUAGCUUCAUCUCCUUAUUUACAUCACUGGGGCUCAGAGUUUGUUUAAUAUUCAUGUAAAAGUUAGAAGAGUUUAUCACUUUUAUAACUGUGACACUGUCAGAGAAAUGAGACGAACACGGAGCAGCAGGAAUAAAGCUGAGGUGAAGGAAGAGCUGGAGGCAGUGUGUGUAGAUGAAGGUGGAGGGUCAAGUGGUCUCAGGAUUGAGGAGGAAGAGGAGGAGAAGCCUGUUACUAAAAAGAGGCGAGGAAGAAUGAAGAAAUGUGAACCUACUGAGGAGCUGGACAGUAAAGAAGUGCUGAAGACGAUGGUGAUGAAGGGGAAAGCUCCAGUCGAUGUAGAGUGUAAAGCCAAACUAGGGAAGGCUCACGUCUACAGUGAAGGGAACGAUGUCUAUGAUGUCAUGCUAAACCAGACCAACCUUCAGUUUAACAAUAAUAAGUACUACCUGAUCCAGUUGCUGCAGGAUGACCAGGCCAAGAUCUACAGCGUGUGGAUGAGGUGGGGGAGGGUGGGAAAAGUCGGACAGAACACUUUGGUGCCGUGUGGUGCAGAUCUCGCUAAAGCCAAAGACGUCUUUAUGAAAAAGUUCUUUGAUAAGACUAAAAACGAAUGGACACAACGAGCAAACUUUGAGAAAGUUGCUGGAAAGUAUGACAUGGUGUUCGUGGACUACAGCCCGAAGGACAACGAGGAGAACAUGGCCGUGACGUCCCCUCCCUCUAUGAUGAAGCCAUCACAGCUGGACGUCAAACUUCAGUCUCUCAUGGAGAUGAUUUGUGACAUUAAAGCCAUGGAGGAGUGUGUGCUUGAGAUGAAGUUCGACACGAAAAAAGCUCCUCUUGGGAAGCUGACAGUGGAGCAGAUCAGAGCAGGAUACUCCUCUCUGAAGAGAAUCGAACAGUGUCUGAGGAAGAAAAGCAGCAAUAAACAACUUCUGGAGGCCUGCAAUGAGUUUUACACUCGCAUUCCACACGACUUUGGUUUGCGACCUCCUCCAAUUAUCCGGAGUGAUGAGGAGCUGAUGGAAAAAACUGCUUUGCUGGAGGCACUGAGUGAUAUAGAGAUAGCAGUGAGGAUGGUACAGUCUGGAUCUGUGAGUGAUGAAAAUCCUUUGGAUAAAAACUACAGGUCUCUGAAAUGUCUUCUCCAACCUCUUGAGUCACACACACCUGAGUAUCAGGUAAUUGUGAGAUAUCUGCAGUCAACUCAUGCAGCCACUCAUAAUGAUUACACCAUGACUGUGCUGGACAUCUUCAGAGUAGAGCGUGAUGGAGAGAAAGACAACUUUCUGUCUGACCUUCACAACAGGAUGUUACUGUGGCAUGGUUCUCGUCUAUCUAACUGGGUCGGAAUUCUCAAUCAGGGUCUCCGAGUCGCUCCACCUGAAGCUCCAGUCACCGGCUACAUGUUCGGUAAAGGGAUUUAUUUUGCUGACAUGUCAUCUAAGAGCGCUAACUACUGUUUCUGCAGUGGGAAGAACAACGUGGGAUUACUCUUACUGAGCGAGGUCGCUCUUGGAAACUGUAACGAGCUUCUGGAUGCAAAUUAUGAUGCUGACAAACUGCCUUCAGGGAAACACAGUAAUAAAGGCCUGGGCCAGACCGCCCCUGACUCCAAAAAUUUCACCACACUGGACGGUGUGACGGUUCCCCUGGGACCUGCAGUGAAAACCAGCGUGGGACGCAGUGGAGGAUACACACUCCUCUAUAACGAGUAUGUGGUGUAUAAUCCUGCUCAGAUACGCAUGAAGUACCUGCUGAGGAUCCAGUUUAACUACUCAGCACCGUGGUGAGAGUGUGUGUGUGUGUGUGUGUGUGUGUUAAGAGAAUGUACAAAUUUCUUCUGGUGUAAAAUCUUCACCACUUUUCAGUGACAGAAUAUAAAACCCCUUUUCCAAGAAGCAGAAGAGAUUUCAGUUUAGUUUUGGAUUAAAUAAAACUGAUAUUUUAAAAAUAAAUAUUUUCCAUCUGUA